AUGACUCAAGUGCAGUGCAUUUCACCACAAGGCCAAACAACUCCAGAAAAAACUCUAUCGAAUCCUUGGUUCGGCAAAGGUUUCUGUGAGCCUGAUCAAUAUAAAGCUGCCAUUGAACGCUGUUCAGGCGGAUAUAAAUCAUGUGAACUAGGUAUUGAUUUGUACAAAGAUCUUGCUAAGAUUCUAGAAAAUCAUUCAGCGGCUUUACGUCAAUGGUCAACAGCAAGUCAAAAACAAAUCGUUCAUUCAAGUGAAUUUGGUACAACUAAAAAAUCUUGGUUAAAUUCUAUACGAGCAAUUGAAAAAUUAGCUGAAAGCAAUGAUUUUAUCCGUGAAAAUGUUCAAAAAACUGUUAUUGAUAAGAUGACAUCUUAUAAAAAUGAAAAUUAUGGCAAAUCAUUUCUCCAAGUAAAAAAAAUCAAAGAAUUCGAAAAAGAAUUUAAGAAAGUUCAACGAACAUGGCUUGAUACACUUGACAAAAUUAAUGACGCUAAACAAUCAUUUCAUGUUGCUAAACGUAAAUUACAAAUUGCUCAAAAUGCAGAAAACAUAAUUAAAACUGAUGUUGGUUCAUCUGAUGAUCAAACAUCAAAAGCAAAAUUAAAUGUAGAAACUCGUCAAAAAGAAACCGACAGGUGUAAAUCGAAAUAUGAAAAUGCAAUCAAUGAAAUGGAGAGAGCAAAACCCGAUUAUCAAAAACAAAUGUUUAGAAUACUUGAAAGUACUGAUGAUUUUGAACGAAAACGACUAAAUCAUUUUAAUUUGACUUUUAACGCUCUUCAACAAGCCGUACUAUCUGAAAAAAAUAAGUGGCGUGAUGAAAUAACUGACGCAUUUAAAAAAGCAAUUGACGGACAUAAUAUUGAAGCUGAUAUAGCAUUUUUUAAUACGAACUAUGGCAAGGACACUAAAACGAUCUGGCCUAAGUUUGAAGAUUUGAAUUAA